UCCCUUACGUAGGGCUCUCACGGGAUCCUUCUAGACAACAGCAGGUACCUGUGAAGGCGAACAAUUCAACAACAAACAGCCUGUCGGAGCCAGAGAGCAAAAAGAAGGCAAGGGAUUUAUCCAUUGUCCACUACCAGCUUCUCCUUGGGCCUUUCUCCAUUGCUGGUUCCUCACCUGUCAGACCCAGGUCCAUCCUGUCUCCAGCCAAGCUCAUAAGGUGACAGGUGGGUGUCCCUGGACCACCCCAGACCUCCUCUCAAAUAGGUAUCCAUGGACCUUACAUCAUCAAUCACCUUCUGGAUGCUGUAGACUGUCACCUUCCAGGUCGGUUUUCUUUGCAGGUAACCCGAGAAGGUCUCUUCUAUAGCGGCAUUGCCAGCCAGUCUCAUUUCCGUAAAGAGGAGCUGCAUAAGAAUUCCUUAUCUAGACACUCACAUUGCCGGAAUAUUUUUCCAGGCCUACCUGCCUGAUCUUGCUCUGUUUGGAUGUACUUCAGCUCCCAUUGUGUUGCAUCCCUCUGUUUAUCAUUUUGAAUCCUCACAUUGUCCAUUCUUGUAAAAGACAGCUUGUCUUUGGGUGUUGCCACCCAUAAGUCAUCCUCCCUGACCCUCCCAGAGGACAGUGGAAGAAGACUGUGUCCCCAUCGACUACGCUAAGGACCAUCCACCAUGGCCUCCGCUGGGCUGGAGAUUUUGGCCAUGGGCCUAUGCAUCUUUGGCUGGGUGGGGAGCAUCCUCUCCUGUGCCCUGCCCAUGUGGAGGGUCUCAGCUUUUAUUGGAAACAACAUUGUGGUGGCGCAGAUUAUCUGGGAGGGGCUGUGGAUGAACUGCAUUGUGCAGAGCACAGGCCAGAUGCAGUGCAAGAUCUAUGACUCCAUGUUGGCUUUGUCACAGGAUGUCCAAGCCGCCCGGGCUCUUAUGGUGGUCUCUGUGGUGUUGGCAUUUCUAGCUUUGUUGGUGGGCAUCAUGGGAGCCAAGUGUACCAAUUGUGUGGAGGAUGAAGCGGCCAAGGCGCGCAUUGUCAUCACCUCAGGCUCCCUCUUCAUCAUCUCAGGGCUCCUCACUCUCAUCCCUGUGUGUUGGUCAGCCAACUCCAUCAUCCGCGACUUCUUCAACCCAGUGGUGGUUGAGCCACUCAAGAGGGAGCUGGGAGCUGCUCUUUAUGUCGGCUGGGCAGCUUCGGCACUGCUGUUCCUGGGAGGGUCGCUUCUGUGCUGCUCCUGCCCACCAAGGGAGGAUCGCUACCCAGCCCGCAUUGGCUACUCUGUCCCUGCCAGAUCCAGUGCACCUCCGGGCAGUGGGAUUGACAAGCGGGACUACGUAUAAAUAGCUGUUUUCUUUGUGUGUGUGCAUGCAUGUGGAGAUAUAUGGACUUGCCAGAUGUUGCUACGCCCAUACCCUGAUGGAAAUUACUGGCCCAGGGACUUUUACAGUUAAGAAGUGGAACAAAGGCCAUCAGUCUGGGUUGUGUCCUCUGAUAUCUGGUAAUUCUUGUGUGUGUGUGUGUGUGUGGGUGUGUGUGUGUGUACACGCACGUGAUUGCACGGGCAGGUUAAUAUGUCAGACUGAACAAGUGGGAGAUUGUGAAGACCUGAACAAAUAAAGGUAUAUGCAACAGAAUGAGCAAACAAUUCUGAAAGAGACAAAUGCUCCAGCAAGUACAAGAGGGAUGCAAAAACAGGUGGCUGAACAAACCAGAGCAGGAAGAUAGGAUAAGUAUCCAUUCCAGACAAGUUAAUGGCUAAGCAAGCAGCAUGGAUGAGUGAGAAUAUAUAGACACUUAGGAAGGAAGGAAGGAAGGCAAGAACAGAACAAAGGAAUGGAGAAAUUAAAUAUGAGAGAAGCAGGAAACAAUAUUGAGAAUUGGCCACACUGUAAAAAAACAAACUGAUGCGUUCAGGAUUCAAAGUAGAAGAAAUGAGGGGAAAUAGAAAGCUGAAGAACCAGGGAUGGAAUAUUAAAAUGAAGAAGUGGGUAAUGGAUGCUUUUAUGGCUGAAAGAAAUUAGAGAAUGAAUGGGACUGGGUGUCUGAAAACGAAAUGGAAUCUUAAGAAGAAAUGGACAGAUAAAGUAAACCGAGCCACAAUUUGACACUGAGUGGAAAUGAAUUGGUAUGGAAGUGAAUACUGGAGGGAAGGCUGCACCAUGAGGUUUGGGCAGGAAUGGUAGGAGGAAAUGGCUACCAAGAAACAAAAGGAUUAGGUUGGUGAGUGUAUGUGGAGUGGUGGGGUUGCAAAAGACCCUGGCCCUGCCUUGCCUUGAACUGGUGCGCUUUGCUCACUGGUUAAUAAUUUGCAAAGGGAUUGGCUUUUUCUCAGGGGCCUGAACAAACAGAGAGGGCUGUUUUUACCCCAGGUGCCCACCUUACAGAAUGCAAGGAGGAAAUCUGUCUCUUCCAUACUCAAGCGCAUUAUAUCCCGCUUUCCUCAUAAAGUCUAGAAACAGAAGGCCUGAGGUGUUAGGGCUCCCCAUUCAUUCUGGUAUUGAAUCUGGUGUGAACAUGUGGAUAGGGUUGACAGACUGAAAACUGGAGAGGAGUCCUCUACCUUUAAUGGUUGUGUAGAAGAGAGAAUUUCAGCAGGUGUUGCUUGUCAUUAAACCAUAAACAACACCUGCUGAAAUUUCCUCUUCUAUACAACCAGUAAAGGUACAGGAGCCUUUUCCAGUUUACACACUUACAUCCAUACAACAACAAAAGAUUUAUGGCCUCACCUUCCCUGCCUCCAUCCCACAGAUGUCCUGAGGGGAAAGGUAUGGGAAGAUUUCAGAGAUAUCCAUGUGAGCCUUUCCAUUGUGACCUUCUCUCAGUCCAGCACUGCAAUUCAAGUUAUUGGUACCUGUAUCAGAUAUAUAAGAUAAAUAUUUGUAACCCA